UUGUAUUAAGGCUUAUAUGUUGACUUAACAUAUGAACUCUUAGAGAAUUAUGUGAAUGCAAAAAGAUGCGAACGAGGGGUAGGGAAAUCGAAUUUAGGACCUUCAUCAACACAAGACCUCAGUACUUCGGGAAUUCGUCGGCAUCGAUCGGAAAUUUCUUGGGCACGAAGAUUUAAGUCGGUUCCUUUUAACCAAUAUGGCGGACAGCGUUCUAACAAGUUGGCCAGUGAUACUGAACAGAUCACUCGAAAACAGCGACAUUCACCGACUUCUGAUGCAAUAUCAUAAAGUUCGGGUUACAGACACAACGGGCCAUGGAGUGAUAAUUUUUCCACUCUCUUCCGUCGCCUUCAUGAUUAUGCCUUUGGAUCAGGUACUGACGGAGAACCAGGAAAAGCAUUUAAUUAACGAAGAUACCAUAGAGAGGAUACACAAAUUAAACCAGUUACAUCGUAAAGCCUAUGUUAUUCUUGUGGCUGCUUUUAUGGGGCCUGAACAAAUAAAAGCUUGGACAGCCUUGCAAAGCAGAUUCUUAGGAACAAGUUCAAGGUUUAUUCCUGCCCACAGUGCCAAAGAAUGCUUUGAAUGCAUGAUGACUAUUUCUAAGGGCCAUCAUCAUCAGUCAGAGACCAUCACCUCUUUACUUUCACUAUUAAUUGAUGAGUCAGUUGGAAAUUACAUGGAAGACAGCUGUCAGUUAACCUCUUGCUGCCAACCCCACAGGGAAGUCCUGUGCCAACAUACAUUGAUUUAUAAUAUUUAAGAAUUCUAACUUGUUUUGAGACUGAGAACCAGGUUAAUUUGCUUAUCCAGAGCUGCAGAUUAUGUUGUUACUCUCUAACCUUGAACAAACCGAGUAUGUCAUGUAGGCACACAAACUACAAAUUGCAUGGUGUACUCAGUACAUCAUGCCAAUAGGGUAGAGGUUGAAAAUUGACAGCAAUAGUGAAAUGUCUGUCAACUAUUGAGCAACAUCUGGUCUACUAUCAACCUAUAUGUUAACAAGGCUACCUAUAUUACAUUGACCCUGUUCCCAGGUCUCUCCCUUCUUUGAGGAAAUGAGACCCCAGGAACAAAGUUGAUAUUGGACCUGAUCUUGUUUUUUCACUUGUACUGAUAGAGUGUAAAUCCAUCAUAGACAGACAUUGCUUUAGCUGACCAAGGUUCUUCCUCUGCUGUUUCUAUCAGAGCCUAGACCUUGAUCCUCUGAAGCAGAGGGUGUGCGAGGCUUUAUUUCAGAAACAGAGUCUGGUUAAUCAAACCUAAAGCUGACCAUUUGGCCACUGAACAGGCACCUGCUAAAGCCUGAGUGCAGUUGAACCAACAAUGUUUUGAAUUGUAGAGGUGAUUGUUUAUAAAAACUUUGUCUAUAACUAAGAACUGUUUUUUUGUAUCUAGGUUACUAGUAAGCCCAUGGUAGGAGUGAUCCAAGAAAGAAUGAAGAGGCUCCAAGAGUCCACAAUCAAUGACAACAUUGUUCUUGGUGCCCUA